UGUUCGCCGGGAUGCAGAUGUACAGCCGGCAGCUCGCCUCCACCGAGUGGCUCACGAUCCAGGGCGGGCUGCUGGGCUCUGCACUCUUCGUCUGCUCCCUCACGGCCUUCAACAACUUGGAGAACCUCAUCUUUGGCAAGGGCUUCCAGGCCAAGAUAUUCCCUGAGAUCCUCACCUGCCUCUUGCUGGCCCUGUUCGCCUCUGGCCUCAUCCACCGGGUCUGUGUGACCACCUGCCUCAUCUUUUCCAUGGUUGGUCUCUACUACAUCAACAAGAUUUCCUCCACUCUCUACCAGUCCACAGCGCCUGUUGCUGCUCCUGCCAAGGCUGUUGGCAAGGGCAGGAAGAGAAAUUGAUGUCCUGCUGCCCCUUCCUGGGGCAGCCCUCUCCCUAUGGCCAAUCCAGGACAGCCCCCUGCCCAAUAAAGCCAUUUCUUUGUA